AUUGCAUCCGUGAGGAGCGUUUCGCAGCGGUGGAGAAAUGCAAUCGAUAUUUUGGACCUUAUACGUUGUUUGUUGUCGAAUGGAAGUGUUACAAAGUUACGAACGACUUCAAAUGCGAUGUCGAUAGCUGGGUACUAAACUAAUCAGGAGCUGACUGGAGAAGAAUCUAGUCGCGCUCACUUGAAUCACUGUUGAGUAUCAGCUAGCAAACACACGCAAGGAUCAUGAAAAUGGUGCUGUCUCAACGUCAGAGGGAGGAGUUAAAUAAGGCGAUCGCGGACUACCUCAGCACCAAUGGUUAUCAAGAUGCACUUGAGGCGUUCAAGAAAGAAGCCGAUAUGCCUGGGGAGGUGGAGAGAAAGUAUGGAGGUCUUUUGGAGAAGAAAUGGACCUCGGUCAUACGCUUGCAAAAGAAGGUAAUGGAACUGGAAUCCAAACUCUCCGAGGCAGAGAAAGAAUUCAUCGAAGGAGCACCGACACGAAGCAAACGAUCGCCGUCUGAAUGGAUACCAAGGCCACCUGAAAAGUACAGUCUCACUGGACACAGAGCUCCUAUCAACAGAGUUAUUUUUCAUCCAGUUUUUAGUCUUAUAGUGUCUGCUAGCGAAGAUGCCACCAUUAAGGUGUGGGACUUCGAAAGCGGUGAAUUUGAAAGAACGUUGAAGGGACACACUGAUAGCGUGCAGGACGUUUCAUUCGACGUCUCCGGUAAACUGUUAGUCUCUUGCAGUGCGGACAUGUCUAUUAAGUUGUGGGACUUUCACCAGUCAUUCGCCUGCGUGAAAACCAUGCACGGACACGAUCACAGUGUCAGCUCCGUUGCAUUUGUGCCACAAGGGGAUUUCGUAGUGAGCGCCUCUAGGGAUAAAACCAUAAAAAUCUGGGAAGUGGCGACAGGUUAUUGUGUUAAGACAUUGACGGGUCACAGAGAAUGGGUACGGAUGGCCAGAGUCAGUCCCUGUGGAGAACUGAUCGCUAGUUGCUCGAAUGACCAAACAAUACGAGUCUGGCAUGUAGCAACGAAGGAAACAAAGGUCGAACUCAGAGAUCAUGACCACGUAGUGGAGUGCAUCGCAUGGGCACCAGACAGUGCAAGAGCAUCGAUCAAUGCAGCAGCAGGAGCGGACAACAAAGGUGCCCACGAAGGACCUUUCCUCGCAUCUGGUUCGCGAGACAAAGUAAUCCGCGUGUGGGAUGUCGGUGCCGGCGUUUGCCUGUUCGCACUACUCGGACACGAUAACUGGGUGCGCGGCAUUGUUUUCCACCCUGGUGGCAAGUUUAUCGUCAGUGCCUCCGACGAUAAAACCCUGCGAGUCUGGGACACGCGCAACAAGCGAGCGAUGAAAACCCUUGAGGCGCAUGUCCACUUCUGCACCUCCGUUGAUUUUCACAAAAGCCAUCCUUACGUGGUCACGGGUAGCGUCGAUCAAACGGUGAAGAUCUGGGAGUGCCGCUAGUCACCAAAACGUCAGGGUCUCGUUAAACCUUCGUCAAAGAAGACAGAUUGUGGAAAGAAGGCGUACGAUGCACGUCGAAUUCGAUGGAAACGGCCGAAAGAGUAAGCUGCUACAAAAGAAAAAAAAUUAUCGUACUAUUAUUAAUAUUAACAUUAUUAUACACACAUAAACACCUACGGUUAAGAGCUCUUUAAUUUAUAAUAAAGUAUACUUAGCGAUUAUUAAUAUUAUAUGUACCUUCUUCGGUAACGAGCUGCAUGACUCGAGGAGAGUCGGCCAAUAUUAGCUUUCUUUCGCGAGGAGGACAUUGCCAUAAAUUAUCAUCGAUGGUUAACAGCCUCUCGAGUAUUCAGAUAAAUUUGAUCGACGAAACUUAAUCCUUCAAAGAAGACAAUUUACUCGUAGAAUGUUCCUUGGUGAAACAUUUCUUCUGAAUUGUUUGAACGCGUCGUUCUCCUCUGACCGUCGACGAUGUUAAAGGAUGUCGGCUAAUGUCACCGCUCAAACAUCGCGAUCACUCGUUCUCGUUUAUUACGCCGAUCUCUCCUCGAGCGUUCUUGACGAUGUGAAAUCGGGAAAUCGCACCCGAUACAUAUAUAAUACAAACACUCGCGCGCGCGCGCGCGAAAAAAAAAAAAGAUACACUCGAGAGAGAAAUGCGUGGAGACAUCAUUUAACUGUGUAUUGAACGUCAAUAAUUUAUCUAACGCUGGUUGAGUACGUAGCAAUUGGUUCUCGUGCGAACUAAGAUAUACACGAUGUAAUAAAUCGAACGAGCAUGUCAAACGGACGAACGCAUUAGCACUUCGAAGUCAAAAAAAGCAGCGCUGACAGUGGCAAUCGGGCAGCGUCCGUUUGAAAUGUUCGAUAUUACACGUUGCGUUUGUAACCUUGUACGCGCGUACUACUUAAUGUCGCGACGAGAAUGUAGAAAUUGUUGUUUUAAGGUCGGGGAAAUAUGUGGCGUGAUCGGCAGAAUCGACGAAAUGCGAUACAGUAUGCAAUACGACGGUGCACGGCACCCAAUCAGCUUGUGCAUUAUUUACGAUAAAUACGAGAACGUAGGGGAUGGUCGAGUGGAGUGUUCAAACUUAUGACAACGCGAAAUGCAAGCGUGUACCAGUAUGGAAGUAUUUCAGGCAUUUAAGUUGUAGCGUGGGUCCCGAGAUACGAGAGGUACUAGUUUUAUAGUUAGCUCUAAACUACUAUUAGAGGUAGCGCAGACGUAAUAGUAGACAAAAGCAGAAGGGAAUAGAAUCAGGCCACGAGUGGAACGAUCGACCGGUACACACACUUUAUGCGGACACUCGUCAAGACCUCAUGUAACAAUGCUUAAUCGAUUAAGACCGAUUUUUGAAAUUGUACACACUAUUCCCCAGCUACAACAUCUUUCCUACCAUUUUCCUCCCGUUAUUUAGGCGAACGACUUCCUUACUUGCUCUCUCCAUCCUUCGAGAGAGUCAUUUGAUUCUAUGUGGUAACUAAAUUAUUUUGAUGAACAAUAAAAACGAAGUUCUUAUUGAGCCGUGUAACGUCGUUCUAUUGUACUACCGGUGUGUUUCACCGUCGUUCGUGCGUCGUUGUUUGCCACUUUUCGAUCCAUUGAUAAUAAAAUCUUGUAGCAACCACGAUAUUUGAGGUUCUGUUCUUUUGGGAAUUCCCUAUAUAUGUACAGUGGCUACGAAAGGCACUCGCAAAUCCAGUUUUUUGCAAUAAUUGUUUUUAAAGAAAAACAAAAGUAAUAAUGAAACAAGUUUUAUUCGAUUCUGACAAUAUACUAUGAACAGAACUUUAACAAAUCAUACAAAUAAAAUAACACGAUAAAACGUAAUUCAACAGUAAAAAAAAUAUUGGCGCGGUAGAAAUUUUGAAGAAAAACGGUCAAUUUUAGACAAACAAACAGCUUUAAUAUUUAGCAUGCGUUCCAUUUGCAUCAAUUAUUGCCUGCAGUCUUCUUGGCAUUAAUUCUGUAAUCUCUUACGUAGUUUCUCUUGAAAUUUAUAGUCAUUCUUCUAUAUACCAUGCAUUCUCAAACUUAAGACGCUUUCUCUGCCUUGAGAUCCGAAAAUAUGUUGUGAUAUCAAUGGCUAAAUUCUGAGCACAAGGAUUCUUCGUUAUUGUUUUAUAAUUUGCCGCUGUGCUCAUAGAACUUCUUGACGACUUGACUUUUUUAAUAACAUAUCGGACUGUUGAAACAUUUCAGUUCAAAGUUUCAUCAAUUUUACGAUAACUUUCAUGUUCAAAUCGCAACAAAACAAUUCCAUUUCGUAUAUUCACUUUACUUAGUAGACACGAUUGCUGUAUUACAUACAAUCACAAACUGUGUCCUAAAAUUGUUGAAAUAUAUUACUGUAGACCUAUUGUUCACAUUUACUUUUAGUUUCCAAAUUUAAGUUUUGGUUAUAUUAUUUUACUUUCAUGAUUCCUAAAAUUAUUUUUUCAUAUCAUAUUGUUGAAUAAAGUACGUUGAAACAUUUUUCCUUUAAAAAAAGUUAUCGCAAAAAACUGGGUGUGCGAAUAUUUUUUGUACCCACUGUAUAUAUUUAUAUUUAUAUAAAACGAGCAUAUAUGUAUAUGUAUAUAUAGGGGCGUAAUUGUGAAAAUUCUGCGGAAAACAGAUCGAUGUAUUCUUUUAUUCGAGGAAAUUUGAUCGUUUCGUGUCUACUUUGUUCUUUUCUUUCUCCCAAUACGGAUAGAAUUGUAGCACUCUUGUACAAAACGGUUCUUUGGAAUCUUGAGCGUGACAGGAUCGCGCACCUGCGGGUCCGAUUUUUUGGCGGUGUCCGGGACUCGCUUGAAACAACAGAAAAGAUUUUCGAAGCGAUCGGUGUAUACCCAUGGUUACGCUUGCGAGAGACGGACCACACUCGCGGCUUGUUCAUCGAGCAAUGCAUUCGAUUUAAGUCACGAACUCCGCAGUACAUGCAUGACAGUAUUUUACAUUUAUAAUAGAGAGGAAAAAGCUAACACAUACACGUACACACUUAUAUAUUUAUAAUAUAUAAUAUAUAUUAUACAUAUACACGUAUGCAUGUAUGUACGCGUGUAUAUAUGUAUAUUUACACACCCGUAUAUGUUUAUACGCGUACGUACGUGUAUGCAUACACAUAAAUAUACAAAUACAUUAUUGUAAUUAAGCAACGGAAUCGAACAGACGCGUACCGAACACGGUCCAAUGUUUGAUGUUUAUACGUAGGAUGACGUAAUAAAAGUAAUGUCGUAGCUGCUUUUCGUAAAUUCCGUCGCACUUGCUUUAGUGACUUUUUCGCUUUUUCUACCCGCCCUACGAGAAACGAUACCGACACGUCAAGUAGAGUAAUAAUAAAGUGUUGUCACCAUUUGUGAUAUAUACGCAUACAUCGACGAGCUUUCAUUGAAAUCCUUGCUGUGGGUCGAACGAAACUGGCGAAUUCGUGCUGAAAUGUGGGAUAAAGGAGGGAUAUAUAUAUAAUAUAUAUAUUUAAUGAGCCAUGACUGCAAUGUAAGUAGCGUUUUUGCGUAAACGUGUGGCUCGCAGGGACAGUGACUUUGACAUUUUCAAUUACCUUUUUUGAAGAAUCUGGAACGAAAAUAAAGGCAUAUGUGUCCAUAUUUACACGGAUUGUUAACGUUGAAAAUUUCAUCCUUUCAUCGAUGCUAAGUGCUAAGUAUUCUGUGUGUACCACUCGCUUGUGGUAAUAAUCGGUACGAUUUCACGUACACUGGCUUUGAUAAAGCUGGUUCUGCUACCACAAAUGUGCAAGCUGAUGCUUUUUGGAGCCAAUAUACGUUCGCCGAAAGGCAUUAAGUGGGUACUUUGGUCUAGAGGUUAUAGAAAAAGGAAAGAUAAGUUACGUUUUAUGUAUCGUUAUCAUUAAUCCUUUAAGUACGACGUUCAUAUUAUGUACCAAUCCAUAAACCUUCGUUAAUUGUCGACACUCACUCGUAUCUCCUAAAGACGCGUAAUAGAUGUAUAUGUAUACAUAUUUUUUGAACAUACUUUCUAUGACGUAACUUCUUUAAAAAUCACUAAUAUUUAAAUAACAAGCUUAAUUGUAUCGCUUCAGAUGGAAAGUUGCACCGUACCCGAGGGGUUAAAUUGUACGGAGGAGUUAAACCCGUUUUUCUCGAUAUAACUUGUACUUAUCUGACUAACUCGAAACUUUGCACACAUAUACAAUACACCUUCUCUAUCGUGUGGAUUAGAAUUAAUUUUAUACGUUUGUUAUUGCAUAAUAAAUGUAUAAAUAUAUAUAUUGAAAGCCAAAUUAUUUCCUUCGGUGAGGCGGUAAUUCCGUAAUUUUGAUUAUUAAACAAAAAUUCUAGUUGCGAUUGAAUCGUGAAGACCAUCAAAUUUUGUUUAUAUUCUUCGCAAUGCACAAUUGCUAACGCUCGAAGAAAUGUAUACGAGUACUUAAAGUACACACAAAUAUGUGCGCAAAAUUUGAAAUCGUUAGGUCUAUUACUUUUUUUUUCCACGUUAAUGCUUCUAGACCAGACCACCCCUUGAACUCGUUCGCAACGAUGAUGAAAUGAACACCUGGUACAUAGUUGAGUAACGUGACGAUUGUAAAAAUAACUGCUCGAUCGAGCUUUGCAAGAAAUAAAAAUAAAAACACAGCCUAUUGCAUUUGUGUAUCUGUGAGAAUAAUCGAUAAGACUUUCAUUGGUACGUCGUCGUACGACGUUUUUUGCAGAAUGAAACCAGAUUUGGGCAAAUUUUAAUCCCGAAUAACGAAUAAAAAUGUUAGAUUAAUUCAUAAAUUAGCUUUUGAAUGCGUCUUCGCUCGCCUACAUGUCGAUUUAAGAAAUCCGUUAAUGAAUUUUAAUUUACGAAUGAAACGUAAACAGAAGUUAGUUUGUGAACGAACAUAAAAUUUCUAUUCGUUAGUCACGAAUAAAAUUUGCCUAACUAUGAAUGAAACUAUUAAGAUGAUAAUUUGAUAAUAUUGGUACGUCGCACAGUGUGUCACGUAUGUGGAAAUAAGGAACAAAAAUCAUAACUUCUAAACUAAUCAGUUUUCAACAUCAGACCCCUAAUACUUUAUUAAGGGAAUAGUAAAAUGCAUUGAUUAACGCAUAAAAAGUAAAUCUUUCUUUAAGAAGUUGAAGUGGACUUUAGUUUUUUCUUAGUAUCAAAUUUUUACUAUAGCAAUUUUGCGUUAACAGAUUAUUAACUAACUUUUGUUUCAAAAGAUUGUUUAUUCGUGUAACAGAAAUAUUUUAACGAUCAUUUUGAGUAUAAGAUUGUGCGAGACAAAAUUCAUAACUUUGAACCUAUGUAAUAUUUUUUUAUUGUUUGGUGCAAUUAAAAUAUAAAAUAUAUAAAAAACUAUAUAUAAUUUACACAUCAAAUCGGAAUUAAUGCCGUGUAGUUGGGCCGUGAACGUGUUAG